GUGUCGCGCACGAGAGACACCUCCACCUGCGUCUCUCUCGACUGGUGGCCGGCGGAGAAGUGCGACUACGGCUCGUGCCCGUGGACAAACUCGUCGCUCCUCACCGCCGACCUCUCGGACCCGCUGCUCGGCUCGGCGAUCGCUGCGCUGGCGCCGCUCCACCUCCGCGUCGGCGGCUCGCUCGCCGACCAGGUCUCCUUUGCUCUCUCGCGGGAGGACGGCUGCCCGCCGUUUGCCGUGGACGUGACCCGCCGGAUCGGCUUCACCGGAGGGUGCCUGCGGCUGAGCCGCUGGCUGGAGGUCCUCUCGUUCUGCGAGCGGCUCGGCUGCGGCGUGCUCUUCUCCGUCAACGCUCUGCGCGGCCGCACUCGCGACGAGUGCCAGCCGGCAGCUCUACCCGCAGUCUGCUCACGCGCGAGCCCUCGCUUUUCCGUUUUAGGCAACGAGCUCGCCGGCGACGCCGGCAUCGAGGCGCACCUGUCCGCAGCCGAGUACGCUCGCGACCUGCUCUCGCUGAGGCGGGAGGUGGACGCCCUCUGGCCGACGAAGCCGCCUCUGCUGCUAGCGCCCGACACCGCCUUCGACGCCGAGUGGGCCAAGCUCUUCCUGAGCCAGCUUCGGGCCGCCAGCAAGGAAGGCGGCGGCGGCGGCGGCGGCGGCGGCGGCGACGGCGACGGCGGGCGGCUGCCGCUCGACAUCCUCAGCCACCACAUCUACCCUCUCGGCGCGGGGGACGGGCGGCAGAUGGCAGCCUCGCCUCGGCGGAGAGCGGGAGGCGCGAGCCGCGACUGCUCACCGCCCCGCGCCGCCGCGGCAGGUGGCUCGCUCGCUCGACCCGAAGAAGCUCGACUCGGCGGCGCGUACAACUCUGGCCAGCGCGGUGUCACGGACGGUUUCGUCUCCUCCUUUUGGUUCAACGACUUGCUCGGCGCGCUGGCGAGGCACGGGCACGCCUUCGGCUGCCGGCAGGCGAUCCUAGGCGGCCACUACGCGCUGCUCGACCUGCGGCGGCGGCAGCCGGCGCCCGACUUUUACUCGCUGCUGCUCUGGCGGCGGCUCAUG